GGUCAAUCGCCAUAUUGUAAAAAAAAACAUGUAGUCUGCAUGUAGUCUUCUGUGGGUAUUAACAGAAUUUUUAUUCCCAUUUAUUUAUGUCGCCUGUAUACUUUUUCUUUUUCUGAUUUACUAAAUCCAGCAAGAUUACGGCCGUAAAAGAACAAGAAGUAAUCGGUCUUGAACCUUCUGGUCAGGACAGUCUGACGACUGUCUAUUACACAGCAAGCCCCGAGGGCUUACGCCGUUCUAAGAGGAAGUUUGACUUCAACGCAGAGCCACCGUGGGAACCCAGCUAGUAUCUGCUAAGUGCAGGUGUUUCCCCUGGCCAGGUUGUUUGUACACUAGUGGACUUGUAAUUUCUAGCAUAAAAGAAUGAAGCAUUACAUCGGAAAUGGCUGCGUUGUUGAGUCACUUCCUUACAAUAAAUCAAAGACUACUCUUAUUACUGAAAAGAUAGCUUCUUUGGAGUCUGAGCACAGCGAAGAUGCUUUUUUUGUGGCUGAUCUUGGGGAUAUUGUCAUCAAGUAUCAGACAUGGAGGGAGCUCCUUCCUCGCAUUGAUCCAUUCUAUGCUUUGAAGUGUAAUGAUGAUCAUGCUGUUAUCAAGUUGUUAGCUGACCUGGGAACAUCAUUUGAUUGUGCCAGCAAGGCCGAGAUUGAGAAGAUUUUAAAUCUUGGUGUGUCGCCAUCUCGCAUCAUUUAUGCGAAUCCUUGCAAGCAGAAGUCAUUCAUACGGUAUGCAGCGAAACAUAACGUGAAAACAAUGACCUUUGACAAUGAAGCUGAGCUAUACAAAGUCAAGCAGUCGUUCCCAGAAGCCAGACUGGUUCUGCGCAUCUUGCCUCCAGCUGAUUUCAAGGUUCAGUGUAACCUGGGAAUCAAAUUUGGAUGUCACCCAAAGAAAGCUGCACAACUCCUGACCAAAGCUAAAGAACUCGAACUCAAUGUCGUAGGAAUUAGUUUUCACGUUGGGAGUGGGGCUGAGGAGGCUGAGGCGUUUGCUGCGGCAGUGGAACAAGCGUACUAUGUGUUUGAGCUGGGUCGAGAAAUGGGUUUCAACUUCGAGCUGCUUGAUGUCGGGGGAGGCUUUCCUGGACAGAAAAACACAGCAAUCACCUUCAAGGAGGUUGCUGAGGUUUUGAAUACUGCAUUGGACAGAUACUUUCCAAGUGACACUGGCAUAAGAAUCAUUGCAGAACCGGGUCGAUACUUUGUGGCUUCAGCUUUUACAUUGGCAGUUAACAUAAUUGCCAAACGCAUUGUACUACGAGACAGACCAAUUGAUGGUGAUGCUCAAGAGAUGAUGCUGACACCAAACGAUGAACCAGCUUUCAUGUACUAUGUUAACGAUGGAGUGUACGGCUCGUUCAACUGUCUGCUGUUUGAUCACGCCAAGGUCCAGCCAUCUAUGGUCCAGGAUUGUCAAGAUGAAAACACAUUUACCUCAAGCAUCUGGGGACCAACCUGCGACGGGCUGGACUGCAUCAUGGAGGACUGCCUACUACCGGAACUUCCUGUCGGAGCCUGGCUCUUCUUCGAGGACAUGGGCGCGUACACCAUGUCUGCAUCGACCUGCUUCAACGGCAUGCCUCGGCCCUCGUGCCACUUCUACUGCAGCGAGGACAGCUGGUACUAUUUAUAUCCCGAGCAGAAGAAAAAGACAGAGAUUAGGAUCCCAUCAAAGGCUAUCCCGAUUCUAAAGACGGGCCUCGACAUUCACUCAAGCUACGAGCAGACUGAUGAUGUGUUCGGGUCACCUCUCAACUUUGACAAAAUCUGCGAAGAUAUCACUUGCUGAAGUUCAGUUGUCUAGAAGAAAAGUUGUCUCUUUAGUUGAUAGGACUUGCUGUUUUGUCUCUUCUUUUACUGCUUGUUGCUUGUUUUCAUUCUGGUUUUUUUAUGGUCCUUGUGUAAAGAAAGAAAGAAAAAAACAUCUUAGGAAUGAAGCACAUUAACAUUAAUAUAUUUAUGUAAUUGACAUGGGAGUGACUUGCCGCUGUACUAGGAUAUAAAACAUACAAGAUUCACCGUAAUUUAGGUUCAUAAACCACCUGUAUUCAUACAUUUCAUAGCUUUGCUUUCAUGAUUAGAAAUCUUUUGCCAAUUCCAAAACAUUUUCCAUAAUGUAUUUAAUUAGUGAUUUAAUAUAGAGAAACAAAUAUAUAAUUGCAAAAUAUUAGUCAUGAAAUGUUUGCAAAUAAAUAAUAUAACUUUCAUACACUUGCUUGGCCGCCUAGCUGUUAGUGACGGCCUCAUGGCUGUAUUUUGAUCUGGGGAAAAAAAGGAAGUGUUACCUUUCAGGUAAUUUAUUUAAGAGAACAUCUCAUAUUCAUAAAGUUGUCUUGCAGAAAUGACUUUAAAGUAAAUCGUCUGUUGAAAGAUAAAGAUUUAGAAUCUGAAGUUUUUUCAUUUGUAAGUAAUAUGCUAUUACCAGAAGUACUCAGGAAAUAUGAGCAUUUGGAUGAAUAUAAGCAGUGAGAUGAUGGGACCAAAUAUCAUGUUACCAUUGUUGCUGGCCUAAUUGAUACCAGUCAAUUUAUAGAUGAGGUCCAAUUUAUCCUCCUUUCAAACAAUGGCUUUGGUCUACUUAUCAGGACCAGUUCAUGCCGAUUUGUUUUUACUUUUUUUAAGUACUAACAUUGACAUCCGAAUGUAUUAACCUUUCUGUAACAUUAUUGUCUGCUCAUGUUGGAAUACACAUGUAGAUCUCUGGGCAUUACUUUUUUCUCUUUUCCCCCCACCCCCUAUCUUGUUUGUCUGCCAUUUUGUAUGAAGUGUCACAUGUUUGUUUGCAAACUAUACUUAUUUUAAGAACUUAUUCAUUUGCAUUGGUAAAUUCAGAAUAGGUAUAAUAGUCAUUAGGUGAUUGGCAGGGUCCAUUAACCCCAGUGCUUUUAUCAAAAUAGAGGAAUCUAUUUCCAGAAGCAAGCUUGAAUCCUAUUUACAUUUAUUUUCAAAGUCUUGUUAAUAUUCUGAAUCUAUCAAUGUCUUCUGUGUGGUUUUGCUGUUAAUAUUAUAAGCAUAUAUCUAAUAAAUGAAUAUUUAUAUGUAGCCGAUUGUUCAAAACCAGUUCUGUACAGAUACUUUUUGUCUGUCAAUUAAUUUUAAAAGAACAAGUCCACUUGUGUACAAACAAUGGAAACACCUGCUCUGUUGGAUUGGCCAGUUUUGUGUUUUUUUGUAAGCUUUCUGUUGAGUAAUUUAAAAUAAAAGCUUUUAAAAUA